UGGAGGUCAGUCCACCCGGGCGGUAAAAAUGAGUCAGGUUGGCGCAGUGACGUCACGCAGUGGCCCGAGACGGGGUUCCACGUGCGAUUGUACCCCAGUAUCUCCUGAGCGUCCGUGACCUCAAGAUUUCCCCAGUUUUGUGAUGGUGCGCAAGUGUUCCGUGAAUGGCUGUAGAAAUACACAGUCAAAUAAAAUUGGCAAGUGGCACAGGUUUCCUCGCAAUGAAGAAACAAGAAGGAAAUGGGUCUCUCUUUGUGGUAAAAAAAGACAAGAACUAAAUACUAAAAAUGCAACAAUUUGCAGUUUGCAUUUCAAUGAAACGGAUUAUAAAAGAAACUUGAAAUAUGAUCUUCUACAAUUGCCAGUGCCAAGACAUCUACAGCAGCUUAAGCCAGAUGCAAUACCAACGCUUCAGCUCCCAACAAACACAGACAUUCCUUCUCAGCCAUCACAUGAUGACAGAGGUGACGCUGAUGACCCUCAACCACAACCACAACCACUACAGCAACAGCAUUGUGAGGAGCAAAACAUUCCUUCUCAGCCAUCACAUGAUGACAGAGGUGACGCUGAUGACCCUCAACCACAACCACAACCACUACAGCAACAGCAUUGUGAGGAGCAAAACAUUCCUUCUCAGCCAUCACAUGAUGACAGAGGUGACGCUGAUGACCCUCAACCACAACCACAACCACUACAGCAACAGCAUUGUGAGGAGCAAAGUGCCAACAAGGAUGUCAGCCAACAUUCUGCUGCACCUACAAGCUGUACAGAGAUGCAGAGUCAGUUGUCGCGUCUGCAGCAUGAGAAUGCAGCACUCCUUGCCAGCAUAGCGGAGAAGGACAUGAAAAUCGCAGCCCAAAAUGCUGAAAUUGAUCAACUUAAAAGCACAUUACAGGGUGUGGAAAAUUCUAUUGUCAAUGCUAGAAGGCACCUGAGCACCUUCAUGUCCGCUUCACAGGUUGACUGUAUUUUGCAAGGGAAAUCUGUGCAUCGGUGGGUAGAUGAUGACAUCGGUCAUGCACUGUCACUAAGAAAUUUGAGCAGUAAGGCCUACAGACUAAUUAGAAAUAGAUGGAAUAUAUCUCUUCCAUCACUAUCCACAAUUAAGCGCAGGACAAGACAGUUUAAAGUAGAGCCAGGCGUUUUACUAUCUGUUUUAGCCCUGCUAAAAGAAAAGGCCUCAACAAUGACAGAGCGUGACCGUGUCUCUGUCCUCUCAUUUGAUGAGUGUAGUGUAGCACAGGAGUGGUGUUAUGAUAAGGCUAGUGACCAUCUUUAUAGCCCCAAGAAGUCUGUUCAGUGUGCUUUGGUGAGAGGUCUCACUGGGUCAUGGAAACAAAUAAUAUAUUACAAAUUUGAUUGUCCAAUGACGAAAGAGCUCCUUUUCGAGCUAAUAACUCAUGUAGAGGCUGCAGGGUUUCCAGUUGUUGCAAUGGUGAGUGAUAUGUCUUCAACAAAUCUUGCAUUAUGGAAAUCUUUAAAUGUAGACACCACAACAACGCACUUCACCAAUCCAACUGACCCAAACAGAGAAGUGCAUGUUUUUGCAGAUGUCCCUCACCUGAUAAAGUUAGUGCGAAAUCAUUUCCUUGAUAAUGGCUUUGUAACAACUGACGGAAAAGUGAUUGAUAGCACAUGUGUGAGAGAGUUGAUUAUUAGGAGCAAGGCAGAUUUUAAAGUAACACACAAAUUGUCUGAAAAACAUAUUGAGGUAAAAGGUCCUCAAAGAAUGAAAGUUAAAUUGGCAGCACAACUCCUCUCUGACACAACUGCUAAAGCACUAAUGUAUUUUGGUGAAAAAGGUUUAUUCGAGGGGGUGACAUGGAGUGCCACGAGUGACUUCGUAUCACUCAUAGACACAUGGUUUGAUGUAUUAAACUCAAACAUGUUAUAUAAUAAGAAACCUGCUAGAUC